GAAAAAUCAGAUCCAAGACCGCGCCUACUUGUUUCAAACUGAGCGGAGAGAAAGUCGGAGAGAAAGAUAACGGGACAAGCCGACAACCAAGAAGCCCCUGAACAGAAGUGGACAUCUAUACCUGUUAAUCCUAGCAGACGUUAACUGCUCUAUAAAUCUUCUUUUGUGAGCCUAUCAUGGCGGUGGUGUUGCGUUCCUCGCCUCUCCUGUGGGCCCGCGUGGCUGCCAUGGUUUUCACCUGCAUAGCAUUCAGCGUAGCUCUUUAUGGAGCGAGUCUAACCCACGGCACCGGUGACUGGUGCGUGUUCUGCUGGAGUUUUAGUUUUGUUGUAACUCUUCUGAUAAUCUUAGUGGAAAUGUUUGGCCUGCAGACUCGUGCCCCGAUCUCAUGGAAGAAUUUUCCGAUCACGCUCGCCUGCUACGCCUCUCUCCUCUGCCUCUCCGCCUCGAUCAUAUUCCCACUGUAUUUCCUAAAGGGCUACGCUGGUCGCACCAUGAUGAUCAAUUGCCGCAUCGUGUCUACUGUUUUUUCUUGCCUCGCCACCAUUGCAUACUUAAGUGAGGUGAGUCUGAGCAGGGCUCGUCCAGGAGAAGUAGCCGGUUACAUGGCCACGGCACCAGGGCUGCUAAAGGUGUGCGAGACCUUCAUCGCCUGCAUCAUACUCAUCUUCAUCAGCGAGCCCAUAACGUAUAAUCAGUAUGCAGCGACCAAGUGGUGCUUGGCCGUGUACUGCAUCUGCUUCAUCUUGUCGGCAGCCAUUAUCGUGAUGUGCGUAGGAGAGUGCACAGGUUGCCUGUACUUCUCCUUUGCCCGCUUCCUGUCCACAUACGCCAUUCUGGCUGUGGGCUUGUAUUUGACUGCCACCAUCAUCUGGCCCAUUUAUAAGUUCGACAAUAAGCACGGAGGCCAGAGCCACAGACCCAACAGCUGUGGCUCCAGCACUGGCCUGUGCCUAUGGGACAAGCUGCUGGCCAUCUCAGUCCUCAGCGCUCUCAACUUCGUUCUUUAUCUGGCUGAUCUCAUCUACUCAGCCAGGGUAGUGUUUGUUACUGUUUAAGGGUUUAUCAUAAUACAAGAGGAAGGCAAAACAAUAGAAGGCAGAAAGAGGGAAGUGGGCUGGAGUGUAGCGAUGUUGAAAUAAUAGGUCAUGAUCUAUAUUCACUGCCUGUUUAGCAAUCAUGUGUACAAAAAGUUUUUUUUUUAAAAGUACAAGUGUAAAAUGUAACAAAAUGAACAAAAUGUAUUAUAUAUUUAAAAAAACAAAGAAUACAAUAAAAAACAUUCAAAAGUU